AUGGCGUGCCAGGCAGGAAACGACGGAGACAUUAACAGGCUGAACGACACAUCGCAUUACGCCGGGGUGGCUGACUUUGAAAGGUCUCGCCUUGUACUGCCCCGACGAGUGAGCCAUACCCUUCCUCUACCGAAUGCCAUCAUCCCGUAUCUGGCUGAGGCUGGAUUCGGCGACACGGUGCCACUCAGGGACUUCACUUUUGAUAAUUCCCUGAUUUCGGCACUCGUGGAGCGAUGGCGUCCAAAGACGCACACGUUUCAUCUCCCGUGGGCUGAGGUCACUAUCACCCUGCAGGACGCGGCGUACCACCUAGGCCUACGCUCACACGACAACCCCGUUGGGGGUGCCUCCGUGACUUUGCUAUUUGGUGCCAGGCCUCCAAUGGCGGCACAGCAGGUUGCGCAGAGGAAGGAGUCUUUCACACUGAAGCUGGUGUGGUUGCGGGAUCGUGUCUGCCAGAUGCCCCCAACCGACGAUUCGGAGACCUUCCGACAAUACACCAGGUGCUAUAUUAUGUUACUGAUCGGAGGGUAUCUGAUGACAGAUAAGUUCAACAACCUGGUGCACAUAGCCACAUACGUUGGCUACCGCUUCUCUAGGACUUCGGGGAGUGUAGGGUGUUAUCCUGGGGCUCGGUUGUGCUGGCCUGGACGUCCAAUCACUCUGUUCGGCGGCACAGCAGGGCGUCACGGACAUCGCCGAAUACACUUCACUGUUGAUGAGCUGGAUUUAUCAGAGAUUUCUUCAGUGGUGUCCACCUGA